AUGGGGAAAGCGGCCGCUCCAAGCCGAGGCGGCGGCUGCGGUGGCCGCUCCCGAGGACUCUCGUCGCUGUUCACGGUUGUUCCUUGCUUGUCCUGCCACACGGCGGCGCCGAGCAUGAGUGCUUCAACGCCCGGCUCCCGACAGGAACUAAAGCCUCAGCCCCAGCCAGUGUCCGAGCUGGAGCUGGUGCCAGAACAGGUGUCGGAGUCAGUUUCUGAGCUUGUACUCAGGUCUGAGCCUGUGUCUGAACCGGUGUCUGAGCCGGAGUCCGGGAAGGCACUGGGACUGCAGCUAAGGCUGGGGCUGGGCCCAGGUGGAGGGGCUAGGACCUUCAUCAAGACAACAGAACAGCUGGAAAACUUGCCCUUGAUGAAACCCUUGUCAGGGCCGCAGCUACCUUUAAAGCCCCAGCUUGUUCCUCGACUGGGACAGCCCAGAACAGUAUCGUUAGCGGGGCCACUUUCAGGGACUGGCAUGACCUCCACUGCCCCAGCAAUCUUACUGCCUCUGGACAGCUACAAGGGCUGGCUCCUCAAGUGGACAAACUAUCUGAAAGGCUAUCAGCGACGCUGGUUCGUGCUCAGCAAUGGUCUCCUGUCUUAUUACAGAAAUCAGGGUGAAAUGGCCCACACCUGCCGGGGCACCAUCAACCUGUCUAUGGUUCACAUUGACACAGAGGACUCUUGCAACAUCCUGCUGACCAGUGGGGCAAGGACCUAUCACCUCAAGGCCAGCUCAGAGGUGGAACGACAACAGUGGAUUACUGCCCUGGAGCUGGCCAAAGCCAAGGCUGUCCACAUGAUGAACAGCCAUUCAGAUGACUCCGGGGACGACGACGACGAAGCUACCUCCCCAUCAGACAAGAGUGAGCUGCACCACACCAUUAAGAACCUCUCCUUGAAGUUAGACGACCUGAGCACCUGCAAUGACCUCAUCGCCAAGCACGGCGCUGCCCUCCAGCGCUCUCUGAACGAGCUGGACAGCCUCAAAAUUCCGUCCGAGAGCAGCGAGAAGGUGAAAGUAGUGAACGAGCGGGCCACACUUUUCCGCAUCACGUCAAAUGCUAUGAUCAACGCUUGCAGAGACUUCCUGGAGCUAGCAGAGUCCCACAGCCGGAAAUGGCAGCGUGCACUGCAGUAUGAACGGGAGCGACGCAUCCACCUGGAGGAGACAAUCGAACAGUUAGCCAAGCAACACAACAGCCUCGAGCGGGCCUUCCGCAGUGCUCCUGGCCGGUCCAACAACCCCACCAAGAGCUUCAGCGAGGGAAGCUUCUUGACUCCCAAAGAAGAGGACAGUGAGGAAGAUGAAGAUACCGAGUACUUCGAUGCCAUGGAAGAUUCCACGUCCUUCAUCACCGUGAUCACUGAGCCUAAUGAGGACAGAAAGGCUGAGGGUGAAACAGAAGCAGUCUCCGUGGACGAAUGGACCACGACAGACAAUGUGUUAGACAGUGCCUCCUUCGGGUCCAAGGCUCCACCCACAGUCAAGAGGAGGUCCCGCAUCCCCAACAAGCCCAACUACAGCCUUAAUCUCUGGAGCAUCAUGAAGAACUGCAUCGGCCGGGAGCUCUCCAAGAUCCCUAUGCCAGUGAACUUUAACGAGCCGCUGUCCAUGCUCCAGCGGCUGACGGAAGACCUGGAGUACCACCACCUACUGGACAAAGCGGUCAACUGCACUAACUCAGUGGAGCAAAUGUGCCUGGUGGCGGCCUUCUCCAUGUCCUCUUACUCCACCACAGUACACCGCAUCGCGAAGCCCUUCAACCCCAUGCUGGGCGAGACCUUUGAGCUAGACCGCCUAGACGACAUGGGUCUGCGCUCCCUCUGCGAGCAGGUGAGCCACCACCCACCCUCGGCUGCACACUACGUCUCCUCCAAGAACGGCUGGAGCCUCUGGCAGGAGAUCACCAUCUCCAGCAAGUUCCGUGGGAAGUACCUCUCCAUCAUGCCAUUAGGUGCCAUCCACUUGGAAUUCCAGGCCAGCGGGAAUCACUACGUGUGGAGGAAGAGCACCUCAACUGUGCAUAACAUCAUCGUGGGCAAGCUCUGGAUUGACCAGACUGGAGAUAUUGAGAUUGUGAACCAUAAGACCAAGGACCGGUGCCAGAUGAAGUUCCUGCCCUACAGCUACUUCUCCAAAGAGACAGCCCGGAAGGUGACAGGAGUGGUGAGUGACAGCCAGGGCAAAGCCCACUACGUGCUAUCUGGCUCCUGGGACGAGCAAAUGGAGUGCGCCAAAGUGGUCCACAGCAGCCCCAGCAGCCCCAACUUGGACGGGAAGCAGAAGACGGUGUACCAGACCCUGCCAGCCAAGCUGCUGUGGAAGAAGUACCCGCUCCCGGAGAACGCCGAGAACAUGUACUACUUCUCUGAGCUGGCGCUGACCCUGAACGAGCACGAGGAGGGCGUGGCGCCCACCGACAGCCGCCUGCGGCCUGACCAGAGACUCAUGGAGAAGGGGCAAUGGGAUGAAGCUAACGUGGAGAAGCAGCGGCUGGAGGAGAAGCAGCGCCUAUCACGGCGUCGGCGGCUGGAGGCCAAUGCGCGGGGAAACAGCCUGAACGCCGACGAAGAGAAGGAGGCAGAGGUGUACUCCCCUCUGUGGUUUGAGAAGAGACUGGAUCCGCUGACCGGGGAGACGGCCUGCGUUUACAAGGGCGGCUACUGGGAGGCCAAGGAGAGGCAGGACUGGCACAUGUGUCCCAACAUCUUCUGA